AUGCUAGAAUAUGCAAAGAACAAGAAGGUAUCAGACUUCAUCAAUCUUGACAAACCUGAUAUCUUCUCUGAACUAGAAGAACCUCUGCAACCCGAGUGUUCAGAAGAAGCCACUGCAGAGGCCAAGAUAGUAUAUGACAUCAAGAUCACUGCGUGGAAAAUCAAAUAUAUGAAAUAUGAGAAAUUGAAUGAAGAUGAUAUCAAAGAGGCGGAUAUAGCUGAACAGUUCAACUUGAAGAAAGACUUCUUAAAUGUGAAUCUAGCUAUUGAUGCAGGUUAUACACAAGCAUGGACUAAGAAUAUCUGAUGUGAUAAAGAUGUCAUAUCUUUGAUAGAGUUAGUUAAGG